UGUGAGUCAUGCUGUGAAAAACUUACAUGUACAUACACACAUAUAUACAGAUUGGACGGAUGAUGGUUCACGUGAUGUAGCUAGUGGACUAAAUGGCUAACUUACAGGGGACAGCUUUGACCAAAGAAAACAUUGAGGGGGCUUUUCGACAGGUAAAAGACUUAUAUCCGGUCCCCGAGGGUGAAGUCCGGCUGGUUUCACCCGAGAUCAUAGAAUCCGCUAUCCGUUUUAUUAGAGACUCGUUCGUGAAAGAUGAGCCGGUUGGAGCCGCCUUUGGUAUUCAGUGGGAUGACAACGCCGACGGCUUCUGGCGUCACGCUUUCAGUGAAGGUCUAUCACUGGCUGUCGUGUCGGCUAAUAGUGGACAGGUGAUUGCUAUACGUGGAAUUGCGCCUAUAACCCGUGGUGUGAACUACGAUGUACCGGAUUCUGCCGACGACAGGCUGAAGCGGUUUCUAUCUUAUAUGAACUACUGCCACGAGAAGUCCAAUUUCUUCCAGCACUAUGAUAUCCAAGAGGCCCUGCAUUUUUUUGGUCUGGGGGUGCAUGAGGCUUACCGACGGAAGGGAAUCGCUACAAAAUUGUUCCAGACAGCAUUAGCUUUCGUUAAGAGCCUCGGUUUGGACAAGGUGUAUGUUAAAGGCGAAUCAUCGUCGGAUUUUUCAAGAAGAAUUUACGAUAAAUUUGGAUUCGAGCUAUUGUUGGAGAACUUUUACAAAGAUUGCACGUUUGCUGGUGCGGGUGGUUUAAAGGUGACAGGAGGCCAUGCUGCGUACAGUGACUAUGGGAAGUGUAUAACAAAUGAAUGAUUCAAUAACACUUGUGGAUUUAAAAUUUAUUUUGUAACCUUAAGAAUAUGGAUAUUGUAAUUAGUAAUAUAAGUAAUUAUUACUGCAUCCACUCUACCAAGUAAGGUUUAAAGUUGCUAAGCGAGUUUUGUAUAGUUCUGAUCUUGAGGUUUGGAUGAAGUUGCUGUUUUGUAACAUGUUGUCAAGCUUACAGUGUAGCAAGAAGCGUGCGUUUAUUGAUAUUAUUGUAGUUUAUACGCACGGAAUUUAUUGCACGGUUAGGCUCUGCUUACUAGUAAUCGUUUAUGAAUGAAUAAAAACAUUGAAACACUAUAA